UAGAUAAAGUAUUAGAUUUACAGAGGCAAAAUACAUCUAAGUAAUAUAAUAGAGUAAUAUGGUAUAAAGUAAUCUACAUGUGCUGGAAACAUCAGAUCAGGACAGAGUGAGUGUUUUCUCUCUCUCUCUCUCUCUCUCUGUCUCUCUCUGUCUCUCUCUCUCCUCGCUGAAAAUAGCCAUGCACAGUUCCCUCGCGCUCAGAGAGUUCAGACGGUCGCCGUGCGCAAACACCGGAUCGCCUGGAGUCCAUCGGAUUCUCUCGGUGUAUGAUUCGCUCCUCGGUCAUGCGGCGCGCCUCGAUACCGGAGCCGGCACGAUCGCACGCACCCGAUGGCGCCACGUGAGUGCCCCGGGACCCAACAUGCGCGACCGAACCGAGCCGCGGGAGACGCUGACGCGCGCGCUGACCGGCUGCCUGCUGUGCGCGCUGAUCCUCUGGACGCUGCUCGGGAACGCUCUGGUGUGCGCCACCGUGCUGCGCUUCCGUCACCUGCGCGCCAAAGUUACGCACGUCUUCAUCGCGUCGCUGGCCGUGUCGGACCUGCUGGUGGCCGUGCUCGUGAUGCCGUGGAAGGCAACGGCGGAGGUGGCCGGUUUCUGGCCGUUCGGCGCGUUCUGCGACAUCUGGGUGGCGUUUGACAUCAUGUGCUCCACCGCGUCCAUCCUGAACCUGUGCGUGAUCAGCGUGGACCGCUACUGGGCCAUCAGCAGCCCGUUCCGCUACGAGCGCAAGAUGACCCCGCGCGUGGCCUUCGUGAUGAUCGGCGCGGCGUGGACCCUAUCGGUGCUCAUCUCGUUCAUCCCGGUGCAGCUGGACUGGCACAAAGCCGCCGCGGGAGGCGCGGAGCCCAACGCGUCCGACGCGGACAGCUGCGACUCGAGUCUGAGCCGAGAGUACGCCAUCUCCUCGUCCCUCGUCAGCUUCUACAUUCCCGUGGCGAUAAUGAUCGUCACCUACACGCGCAUCUACCGGAUCGCGCAUGUCCAGAUCCGGAGAAUCGCGUCGUUGGAGCGCGCGGCCGAGCACGCGCAGAGCCGUCGGUCCGAUCGGAGCCUCCACCGGAGCCUGAAGACCUCGUUCCAGCGCGAGACCAAAGUCCUGAAGACGCUGUCCGUUAUCAUGGGUGUAUUCGUGUGCUGCUGGCUGCCGUUCUUCGUGCUCAACUGCGUGGUUCCGUUCUGCCACCGCGAGCCGUGCGUCAGCGACACCACCUUCGACGUGUUCGUGUGGUUCGGCUGGAGCAACUCGUCGCUCAACCCCGUCAUCUACGCCUUCAACGCGGAGUUCCGCAGGGGCUUCUCCAGUCUGCUGCGCUGCCGCGGCCGCCGCCGGACUCCGGUGGAGACACUGAACGUCAGCAACGAGCUCGUGUCCUACAACCGGGAGGCGGCGAGCGCGUGCGUCAACAUCAUCCCGCACGUGGUGGACGAGACGCUCGACCGGAUCUCGCAGCUGUCGCGGGGCGACGACGACGACCUGGACGACGCGUUCACGCCGAACGGCAUCCCCUGAGCACAAACUCACGGAAAGUUGCGCUGUUCUUGUCACAUGACCACGCUGCCGUUUAAUCCGCUGUGUCUCCGCUGCGGCUCUGAUGACCUGCUCAUCUCUUCACAGAGCGCUGAUGUGAUGAACAGAUGAAGUGAUGAAGUGAUGAAGUGAUGAUGUGAUGAAGUGAU